AUGUAGAAUCUACUUAAUAAAGAUAUCUCUGGACAUAAACUUUCAGACGUUGCUAAAUACUCCGCCGUCACAAUAGCUGCAUUGACCGCUGCAAGAUAUAUCUACUGGAAAGUCAAAGUCAAUUAAAACAGAAAAAAGGGGCUUGCACUGAGAGAGAAGAAAUUAACCAAGACAUAUACAUUCAAAAAGAUAGAAAAUGAAGAAUUAAUACUAUCUCUUGACGUCACAGGGUUACGCGAACAUCUCAAAUAAGGAACUUUCACAUCUGUUGAUUUAGUUCAUGUUUUCGGGGCAAGGACUUACAAAUACGGAAGAGAUUAUAACUUAACAACUGAAGAGCUAAUAGAUGAAGCUUUUUAAGAGGCUGAUGAAAAAGACUAAGAGAGAAAAGAGGCCUUGAGAAAUGAAGUUGUUGAUCUGCUUCCACCAUUACAUGGAAUUCCUAUUAGUGUCUAAGAUAUUUUUUAAAUUAAAGGCACCUCUUGUUCAGGUGGAUGCGAACACAAAGCAGGCAAUGUAGAAACUGAAGAUGGAAUGUUUAUUUAAUUUCUUAAAUAGAAAGGAGGUAUUGUUUUAACAAAGGCAAAUCAACCAUAGACAAGAACAUGUGGAGGAUCUUCAGGUGGUGAUGCAGGUUUAGUAGCAGCAAGAGCAGUUCCUUUCGCCUUUGGAACAGAUCUUGCUGGAAGUGGAAGAGUUCCACCUCUAUUUUGUGGUAUUGCAAGCUUAAAGCCAACUAACUAGAGAACCAGCUUAAUAGGUGUUGAAAUGGGUCUUCCAAUGUUACCUUCAAUUCCAAUGAGAGGAUGCCCUUCUGCUUUCGGUAAGACAGUUCAAGAUGUUGUGAUAGGAACAAAGUUCUUCUUUAACCCCUUGAUGCAUAGAAUUGAUCUUACUCAGCUAUCUACACCAUGGAAUGAGUCACUAUAUUAAAGAGGACUUAGUGGGAAAAUUAAGAUCGGAUAUUGUGAUUCUCUCCCAACAACUCCAGCUAUGGCAUCAAUUAAAAGAGCCAUUCAUGAGGCUAAACAAGCACUUGAGGAGCAAGGUUAUGAGCUUGUGCCAAUUGAAUUCUCAGCAGCUGAAGUUAAAGAAGCUAGUGAAAUUAUGUUGAGCAUGGUCUCUCACUAUAUGACCCCUCUUGUUUAUUACACUCUCUGGGCUAAUUAUGAAGAAAAUUUGGACAACAAUUCACUCAAUACCUCCAUCGUUGGCUCCAAUUUCUUAUAUUUCUAUCUAUGGAAACUUUGGCUUAACAUUACUGGUAACAAAAGACUAGCUGAUUCUUACUAGCAAUCAAGACCAAAGUCAAGAAUGGCUAUGGAAUACGUUCUCUUCAACAGAAUCAUGAAUUAAUUCAAAAUGGAUGGUAGAUGCCUUAAAAAUUGA